GUUAGUUGGUAUUACGGGCAACAGAUAAUUGAAAAUAAUCAACAUUCACAUCACACUAUUUUCUAUGAUGUUUACAUUCAUUGUUGACUACCAAAUAAUCGAAUGACGCUUAAUCUACAACAAAAUGAAUGACACAAUACAUAGGUCUUUAUAAAGACGACAGUCGUUAGUAAAGUACAGACAUGUUUGUGCUCGUGUGUUUGUUGUCGCUCGGAGUCGGCGUGACGCCGUCGCCUACGUCGGAUUAUCAACAUAUGCAGUGUGGCUACCACGGUUAUUGUCAUACGGAGGCUAAAGGUGUCAUUACCAAAAGUUCGCUGCGAUUGCCAGAUAUCGAGAUCCCUCCAGAAGUUGCGGAGUUCAAAUUCAUCAUCCCGGAUAGAUGCGCAGAAUGGGGUCGCGACCUAGCCGGCUGUGUCGUCCACGUGUGCGAUUCAGACGCCACGCCGACGCUGACUGUAAGUGAGAACGCCAUCGGCGUCGCCAAAGUGCUGCGUCCCGGCAUGCUGGCCAACCCCGCUUAUGUCUACAUGAAUCAAUACUGCAUCUGAUCAGUACCUGCGCUACAAGGAUGUCUUAAAACGCCACCUUUCGGCCACCGGCAUAUCAUGCGAGUCGUGGAAGGAACUUGCAUCUCGGAGAUCGGACUGGCGAACUGCUGUCAACACAGGUCUUGGUAACUUCGAGCACACCCAACUUGAAGAUCUUGACGCCAAACGCCAGGUCCGAAAAACUCGUCCCAAGCCCUCGUACCAUUACACAUACAACUGUGGGCACCUUUACUGUGUUUCGUGUUGCCGGACUUUCGAAACAAAUUUUUGAUUCGAAAACCACGUCCGCGCCCAUGCACGUAAUAGUUAAGACCUUUUUAUUUGUCAGGAUGUUGCUGUCGACGGAUACGUCUGGGAGGACAUCAUCAUCAUCAUGAUCAUAUAAACCACUAGGACCUUUAAAGGGUUUUAGGCUACUGUUAUGUUUGCUUUAAUUAUUUUUUUUUUACUUUAAGUCGUUGUACAAAAUAUAAGUGUAUGAGAUUAGAUUUAAUUAGAAUACAGAAAACUGUUUUUUUUAUGUCAUUUUAAUCAGCUUUGCAAGGUAUUUCUCAUUAUACUGCAAUUUCCAUACGGCCACGGACUAGACUGUCCCGACUAGACCGGGCUGGACUUAACUAGACAUUUGAUUGAGCACAAUUUAUGAAUCACCUGAAGACCCAUAGUGUUCUUCUCUCACUCUCUCUGAACGUUAGCGAGAGCGAGAUGGAUGUGUUUGCUCGGGACCGCAAAAUAUCAUGGAAAAAGUGAAUAAAAGUUCCCACAAAAAUAAAAUUGCGCAUUUUUAGAAGCAAUUUUCAUAUUUUUAACUUUAGUGCAUAAAUUGUUACUAUUAUUAAAGUGCGUUUUAGACCUAUGUUCGUGAUUUUUAUUCUAUGGAGUGAAAGUCAAAAGAUCUGGAUUCGAAACAAUGAAAAAAUCCUCAAGAUUGCUUAUUUUUUUGGCAACCGUAUUGUGACAUUUGUGACCUAAAAAAGUGGUACGAUUUUUCAAAAACUUCGCUCUCUGAGGCUUAAUUUGCCGCUCUUCACACCGGUUGUGAGGUGACACUGGACAUUUCGGGCGCUCUCGGCUCCAAUCGAAAUAAACGUAAGUGACUCACCUUAGAAGGGCCCAGGUCCGGGCCGAGGAAUCCGACACUCCGUUUUCUAUAGAAAGCACCAUGUGCUCAUCGGUCAUCUGUUAUAGAAAAUGAAGUGUCGAUUGCCUCGGCCCCGUACCCGGGCCGUUUUAGCGUGAGUCAUCCUAAAGUCAACAUUGGCGUUUCGCAAUCUUCAAAUAAGCUUAACCGAUGGAGAAAGAAAUUAAAUGGUAGGUUUUGCAAGAAGUUGUGUCUGGCAGUCAAUUUAUUUGUUAAUAAAUUAUCCGAUACUUUACUCAGACUGUGAAACAGAAUCUAAUUGUUGAAAUAUGCUAUUUUAUUUAACUUAUUAUUUUUUUUAUUUAAGCUACUGAUGAUUUUAUGACGUAGAGAAAGAUUAUAAUAAUUUAGAAUCUUAAGUGUAACUAACGAGUUUCAUAAUUUUGGGGAGUUUCAGCAGUCCUAAAACAAGAAAGAAAUUACAUUUAUUUUCAUACAACAUACCCAGUUGGUUACUUACUGCUUACUGGUUGGUUGGUUGGUUAUUCUGUUACUGCAAUAAUCUUUAUCCACAUAAAAUAUACGAACAAAAGUUGAAUAAAGUAUAUAUUAAAAUAAAGUACACAAAAUCAGGAAUUACAUUUGACAAUAUCAUUCAAAAUGGCCUCCUCUGGCCUUGACACAGGCCCUCAAACGACGAGGCCAGUCAUCAAUAGCGGCACGCACGAUUAUCAUGUCUAAUUCCGUCACUG